CCGCACAAGCCUUUCCGCGGGAUCGCUGGGUGCCGAGCACGCGCAGCCAGGCGGGGGUGGCCGCUUGGGCACUGAAGUAGCUGAAAUGAGAAAGAGGCAGCAGCCACAAAACGAAGGAACAUCAGCUGUGUCUCAAGCACCUGGAAACCAAAGGCCCAACAACACAUGUUGCUUUUGUUGGUGCUGUUGCUGCAGCUGCUCAUGCCUCACUGUUAGGAAUGAAGAUAGAGGAGACAAUGCAGGAAGGCCAACACACACAACCAAAAUGGAGAGCAUCCAAGUUAUAGAAGAAUGCCAAAAUCCUACUGCAGACGAAAUUUUGUCUUGGGCUCAAAAUUUUGACAAGAUGAUGAAAACACCAGCUGGGAGGAACCUUUUUAGAGAGUUUCUUCGAACAGAGUACAGUGAAGAGAACCUGCUCUUCUGGCUCGCAUGUGAAGAUCUAAAGAAGGAACAGAACAAAAAAGUUAUUGAAGAAAAAGCAAGGCUUAUAUAUGAAGAUUACAUUUCUAUACUUUCACCAAAAGAGGUUAGUCUUGAUUCCCGGGUGAGAGAAGUGAUCAACAGAAACUUGUUGGAUCCCAGUCCUCAUAUGUAUGAAGAUGCCCAGCUCCAGAUAUACACCCUCAUGCACAGAGACUCUUUUCCAAGGUUUUUGAACUCUCAGAUCUAUAAGUCUCUUGUUGAAAAUAUUACAGGCUCUACUUCUGAAACUUAG